GUCAGCUCCAACUUUUACUUUCUCCAUACCACGAGAAUGAGCUCCAAAUCUAUGUAAGCCAAAGACACAUACAGAGCAGUACAAUCGACAGAACAGAGACAACAGUAUUAAGAAAAUUUCAAGUUAAUUAUCUUACGAUUCAACAUUUGUUCUUGAAUUGGAAAGUAGGCUACAUGACGGACAUGGCGGUAUACACGCUCACGUAGGCGUACUUCGAACUAAUAUGUUAUGUACUGGUGGUUCACUUUGAAACAAGUGUAAGUAACGACUGAGUAGGGCUACUUCGUUUUUUGAGUAGCCAUAUGUGUGUGACAUGCGCACACACAGCCAGCAGCAGCAGCAGCAGCGACCCACCACCGUCCUUACACCGACACACCGUGAGGACGGAGACCGGCAGACGAAUCAACAGCCGCGGGGAUGUAAAUGAGACAGACUCGGGCUCGGCGGGACGGGGGGCUGUUGUCAGAGAAUGCCACAGCAAGCGAGCACGCCGUCUGCGUUAGCUCACGGUUUUACAAAGUUAGCACGAAAAUACAUAGCGAAUAACGUUGAGUCGUGACUAUUGUUUAAUUCUAAGCUAGUGGUUCGUCCGGGUGGACUGCGUACAGCCUCAAGCCAGCAUGCCUCCUGCUCAGAGCCUUCAAUCCAGCGGACUGUCCCUGUCUGAGACAAGCGUGGGUUCCUUUAAGAGAAGGAAGAGGAAAUCCAUAAUAGUGACAGUGUUGCUGCUCAUCGUAUCUGUGCUCAUCCUCAUCUUUGGCCUGGCAGCGACUACCAGGACGCAAAACAUCACAGUGGGUGGCUACUACCCAGGAGUCAUUCUGGGCUUCGGCUCUUUUCUGGGAAUCAUUGGCGCUCAUUUGAUAGAGAACAAGAGGCAGAUGUUAGUGGCAUCUAUUGUCUUCAUCAGUUUCGGAGUGGUGGCUGCCUUCUGCUGUGCUAUUGUUGAUGGAGUGUUUGCUUCCAGGCACAUUGACCUCAGGCCUCUGUAUGCUGGCCGCUGUGAGUAUCACUCCAGUGAGACUGAACGUGAUGUGCCCUGUCAGAUAUCAUCGCGCACAUGUAACCUGCGUGUGAAGGGCAACACCUGUUACUGCUGCGACCUCUAUAACUGCGGGAAAGAACAUCCUCUUAUGGGACUUCAGAAUAAAGAUGUUUUGAAAAAGUUUAGGAAAUCAUCCAUGAUUUGGAAGGCUAGCCGUGUAGAGGUGAUUGGAGGCUACCAUGAAUACACAGAUGUGAAGAGCUGCGAAGACGUGGUUCACCUCUAUCACCUGUUGUGGUCUGCUACAAUCCUCAACAUCGUGGCCCUCUUCCUGGGCAUCAUUGCUGCUGCGGUGCUGGGAGGCUUCAAAGACAUGACUCCUUCAGCUGUCUCAGAGAGCACAUCUGACCCGGAGACCAUCACAGCUCCAGUCCCCCCACAGCCUCCUCCACCAACGACCACCACCCUCAACUCAUAUUACAACACUGCCCCCUGCCUGCCGCCUUACACUACCUACGACCUGCAGGGCUCCUACAUGUUCCCAGACUCCUCCGGCCUGUCGGAUGACUCCCAGUCUGGAGCCAGCCACCUGUGGCCCACCAUGAUCCCUCCACGCUACUCUCCUCCUCACAACCAUCCGGAUGAGAAGCCCCCACCGUAUAGCCCAUAAGAUGGCUUAGAGCAAAGAAGGCACCUGAACCAUUACCGGGUGCUGAUUGAGUGGUUUGAAUGCACAAUUCCUCUGGGCUUUUCCUCACAAUCUUUGAGAACGGUGUUGAAAGAAAGGUUGCGAGGAAGACGAUGGCCGCGGAGCACACUGCCUUUGAGUUCAGCCCAACACAAUGAGUGUUUGUCUCCCUGAGCACCACUCACUCUCAUGCCUACAGUGUGUGUAUGUGUGUGUUUGUGUAUACACAUCAAGAGAGGGACAACCGUUUCAAAGCCAGGGCUGUUUACACAUCUAUCUGCCUUAAUGCAAAUGGGCUAUCAGCGCUGCAGCCCUCGGCCACCUGGACUUAACCUGUACAAGGUCAAAAAACUCUCCUCCAGCUCCUGCUUCAUGUUUCCUCCGGUUUAGUACACAUUGUAAACGCUUCCUGCCUUGAGUUACACAGAUGACAGAUGGACUGAUGAGCACAGCUAUAACCCUCCUAUGAUAUCAAACCCCAGUUACAUGAAAGCUUUGGUGUCUUCCCUAGUUAGGAAUCAGCUAGAAAAUGAAAAACUAGUUGUAGGCCCAGGCAGUCGUAUCUACACUUGUUAAUUAGGCAAAGUUAGCAGUAAUGGAGGUAUUACAUGCUCUUAAUGUAUGUAUAGCAGUAUUAUGCACAGAUGCUCUUUUAGCAAGCUAAGCCUAAGGUAUACUAUCAGAUCAUGGUAUCUAUUUAUCAACUCAUCAGUUAAUGUUUAAAAAUAUCAUGAUCAGUUUGCAGAGCAAUGACAAAAUAAGCUAUUCUGCAGUAGUUAAGGAAGGAUGGUUAGUUACACCCAAAAAUCCUAUAUAUAGUGUUUUCACUGAAAGCUGCAAAGCAGGUAAGCAUAUUUCAUCUCUCCUUGUAAGUAGUCGCAGUAUCACAUCUAUGAGUUGAAAUGUGUUGUCUUUGUCAGGAAGAAACCUUAUUAAGCCCGAGUGUAAACAGUUGGUGCCGGAUUCACUGACAUGACAUGGGAGAUUGUGAAAAG